AUGCAAGUCACCACUUCUGAAAAAUGGAAUAACCACACUGCCAUCACAGAAUUCAUCCUGUUGGGAUUUGGAGCAGCUAAUGAGUUGCAGAUUCUUCUUUUUCUGGUUUUUGCAGUGAUCUACAUUUUUACUAUGACAGGAAACAUCCUCAUUGUUAUCUUGGUGGUGUCCGAUCAGCACCUUCACACACCCAUGUACUACUUCCUAGGGAAUUUGUCCUUCUUGGAGGUCUGCUAUAGCUCAAACAUUCUGCCUAAGAUGCUGGGAAGAUUCUUAACAGGGGACAAAACGAUUUCUGUUUCAGGCUGUUUCACACAAUUGUUUUGCUUUGGUUGUCUUAUUUGUGUUGAAUGUUACCUUCUGUCACUGAUGUCUUUUGACAGGUAUGUAGCCAUAUGCAAACCACUUCAUUAUGCAACAAUUAUGAAUGGCAGGAUCAUUCUGUACCUUCUAGUAGGUUCUUGGAUAUGUGCAGUAUCUAUUUCAUUUCUCAUUGUAUAUAGGGUUUCACAAUUAUCAUUUUGUGGCCCGGACGAAAUUGACCACUUCUUCUGUGAUUUCAGCCCAUUGCUCCAACUCUCCUGCAGUGACAUAAGCCAUGUCAAAUUAUUGGCUUUGAUAUUUGGAUCAAUUAAUAUCCUACCUCCAUUCAUAUUGACCAUCACUUCUUAUGUGUGCAUAAUUACUGCCAUCUUGAGAAUUUCAUCCACAACUGGCAGACAAAAAGCUUUUGCCACUUGUUCCUCUCACCUCAUUGUGGUCACCCUUUUCUAUGGAACACUAACAAUUGUCUAUAUCUUGCCAAACACCAGCACACUCGGAGAACUUAAAAAGGUGUUUUCUGUCCCAUAUGCAGUCCUGACCCCCAUGGUGAAUCCCCUCAUAUACAGUCUGAGAAACAAAGAAGUAAAGGAAUCCUUGAAAAGGCUUUGGAUAGAUUCUUCUUUUAGAGGUGACAUUAAGAGAUCGAACCCUUUGUUAUUAAGAAGAGGAUGA